AUGCAGCCAUUCGCCGAUCAUCUUCGCGAAUUUCAAGUCCCGGCUUUGGCCAACCUCCACUUCGCCAUAGCGCGCAAGGACCAUAUCAAUCGAAGCCAGUACAUGCUCGUCUGUGCUCGCCCAUACGGAAUGGCAUAUGACCAAAGGAUCGUAACGCUCAACGAGUCCACAUCUGCCGACGAAGCACCUAUCCUUUGUGGGCCUUCCGGCCAUCCGCUUAUAUGGUUUGACUGCCCCGACGAUCUCGGGACAAGCCAAAGGGUACCCGGAGGCCUGCUUUACGCAUUACUCGAAGCGCGACCGACUGUCCUGCGGCUGACCGGGCGCACGCGCAAGGUCUUCACUGACGCUGGAGGCCUGCAUCCGGUCCGCGAAGUCGAGAUCCUACUCAGGGAGGAAGAGCUCGCACGCAUGUGCUGUUAUUGUGGACAGCCGGAGUACAUCAACGGCUGUGACCCAGUCCCAUAUCCCAGUAGUAACCGCUUUACGCGAUGUGGCAACGAUCCCACUAAGCCUCAAUAUUUGUGUUCAACGGUACGCCUGUGUUCUGUCUGA